GGAUUCCUCCUCUCCGACAUUCUGUUGCCUGUCCCAUGCGACGCUUCCGGGAGCCAUGAGAGAUAAAAACACCCAAGUCUUUCAGAAGCGCUGCAGAUGUCAAUUUCUUGCAGCAUGAAGGCAUCUUUUUGGAUUGUCCAAUGUACAGGAAAGAAAAGACGCUCUACACCAAAUGUCCUCCUUCCAUCUUGAGAAAAAGGUCACCCAUGAACCAAGCUCUGAGUGAGAAGCGAAGAGCAGAGAGAAGAGUUCGAUUCCAGGAACAAGAUGAGAUCAUCAGACAUGAUGUUUCCUGCUGUGACUACAUCGUCGCUCACAAGAGGCCAGGGAGCGUCCUGCCUUUGUUCCUCGGGAUUUUGCUUUGUCUGGGACUGCUUUUGACACUCAGCCUCUACUGCAGCAGCACAAGGCAAGAUUUCAAAGUCCUGGAAGACGUUCAGUCCCGGCUCGUUAUCGUCUCCGUUCAGAUCAGGCAUGUCGCUUUGAAAUGGUGGACUUGGUUUAUGAGGCAGUAGGCCACCAUAGGUGCGGAACUGGGAUCGUGCUGGGCCUGAGACAACGGCUGGCGUUCCAAAGAGAACAUCUGAAUGAGCUUCAAAAAAGCCUUUGAAACCAAACUGAAGGCAACCGGUUGUCUUCUGGUGGAAUAAUGGAACCGCUCAUGGUCUGUGCUUUCCUUUUCCUGUCUUGGUUGGAUGAUUGCUCGGUUGCCGUAAUACAAUUACACCCUGCUGGUAAUCUUCAUUACAAUUAGGUCCCCAUUGUGUCAGAAGCUUGAAUUAUUGAUAAUAUUAUUCUGAUUUCAACCUUGGAACUGAGGGGAAGAAAGCCACGAAGAAUA